AUGAAAACACUGAGCUGGAAUUCCCGUGGGCUUGGGAACCCACGUGGAAUUCGAAACCUUCGUGACCUGGUCAGGAAGGAAGAUCCCGACAUCUUGUUCAUUCAGGAAACUAGACUAAGAGUUUCUGAAAUGGACAGGUGUAAGCGUAGUUUGGGUUUGGAAAAUUGUCUAGCAGUGAGUUGUGAGGGAAGAAGGGGGGGACUGGCUUUAUUUUGGAAGUUAGAAGUGGACUUAACCAUUUUACAAUAUUCGAAAAACCAUAUACAUGCUAUAAUUGCUGAAGAAGAACAAGAGAGUAGAAGGUGGUUUUUAACAGGUAUCUAUGGCUUCCCUGAGGUGGCUAGCAGACACUUGACAUGGACCCUUAUGCGAUCACUGAAAAAUGUUGACAACUUGGGGUGGUUAUUAAUUGGUGACUUUAAUGAAAUUAUACACCAAGCUGAGAAGUGGGGGGGAGUGGACAGACCAGAAUGGCAAAUGAAGAACUUCAGAGAUGCCAUAGAUGAUUGUGGUAUCAAGGACUUGGGGUACCAAGGCUGCCCAUACACGUGGUCCAAUAGAAGAGGGGAAUCUGAGUGCAUAAGUGCUCGACUGGACAGGGCCCUAGCUAAUGAGGUUUGGUGCUUAAACAACCCUUUGGCAAGUGUGAUACAUGGUUCAGUAGCCUAUUCUGACCAUACCCCUUUGUGGGUGGACACGACUGGAUAUCAAACAAGUAGGAGGGGGCACAGACCUUUCAGAUUUGAAUCAAUGUGGUCAGGAGAGGAAGGUUGCUCUAAACUAAUCAAGGAAGCAUGGAGGGAAAGGAGUAAAGGAGAUGGGAUAAAGACUUUGAUGCAAUGGACUCAAAUGGUGGGGGAGAAACUGAAGGUAUGGAACAAAAAAAGCUUCGGUAAUGUAAAAGUCAAACUUGCAGAGGCAAAAGAAAAUCUAAGUCAGUUACAAAAAAAGGAUCCUGUAGGCUUGAACUCUCAAGAAAAUAUGAGUGCCAGAGAAGAAGUGAAUAAAUGGUUAGGAAGGGAGGAGGAAAUGUGGCAUCAGAGAUCCAAGGCUUUGUGGAUCCAGGCAGGGGACCAAAAUUCAAGAUACUUCCACUCUAAAGCCUCACAUAGGAAAAAGAAGAACACCAUAAAGAGGCUACAAGAUGAGCAAAACCAGUGGAAAGAAGGAAGAGAUAUGGAAGAGUUAGUGGUUAACUACUUUCAACAGCUGUUCAGUAGUUCAGAGGAGAGGGACCAUACUGAAUCUGCUGCUAGGGUGGAGAGCAAAGUCACAUCUCGAAUGAAUGAAGAAUUGAAGAAACCAUUUACUGCAGCAGAAGUCAACUUGGCCCUUUCUCAAAUGCAUCCAACAAAGGCCCCUGGUCCCGAUGGUAUGCCCCCUCUCUUUUAUCAAAAAUACUGGAGUACAAUAGGCUCUUCAGUGUCUGAGGCAGUGCUAGAGUCUUUAAAUACUGGUGUGUUCCCUAAAGAGUUAAACCAUUCUUUCAUUUGUUUAAUUCCUAAAAAACAGAAUCCCACUAAAGUAGUUGAUUUUAGACCUAUUAGCUUAUGUAAUGUUCUUUAUAAGCUCAUGUCCAAAGCUAUAGCAAAUAGGUUGAAAGCUUUACUCCCUAUGCUAAUAUCUGCCUCUCAGUCAGCAUUUGUACCAGGUAGGUUAAUUACUGAUAAUGUGUUAGUGGCCUAUGAAAUUGUUCAUUUUCUAAGACACAGAAGAGGGGGAAAGAAAGGCUACAUGUCCAUCAAAUUAGACAUGAGUAAAGCCUACGAUCGAGUUGAGUGGGAUUUUCUGGAAAGAAUCAUGGUUCAGAUGGGGUUUGAGACCAGGUGGAUUAACUUAAUUAUGUACUGUGUGACCUCAGUUUUUUUUUCUGUCAUGUUGAAUGGUGUACCAACAGGUUGUAUUAAACCUACUCGUGGGUUGAGACAAGGGGACCCUUUGUCCCCUUACCUCUUUCUCCUAUGCACUGAGGGUUUAGUCAGUAUGUUGAAGCAAGCAGCUUUGAAUUCAAUGAUACCUGGUAUACGAAUAUGCAGAGGGGCUCCAACCAUAAAUCACUUACUCUUUGCUGAUGACAGUGUUAUCUUCUGUAAAGCUGAUGUCCAAACAAAUCUAGAGCUACAAAGAAUCCUUAAGAGGUAUGAACUGGCAUCUGGGCAGAAAUUGAAUAUGGAUAAGACAAGUAUGGUUUUCAGCAGCAAUGUAAGUUCUCCCAUGCAAGAGGAAAUAAGGAACAUGUGGGGGGGAAGUGCUAUUCAACAGUAUGAAAAAUACUUGGGUUUGCCUCCAAUGAUAAGUAGGAAGAAAGCCAAUGCUUUCUCGGAUAUCAAGUCAAGAGUAUGGAAGAAACUGCAAUGUUGGAAAGAAAAACAACUGUCUCAAGGAGGAAAGGAAAUCCUACUGAAGGCAGUAGCUUUGGCUAUUCCUACCUAUGCUAUGAGUUGCUUCAAAUUGCCAGAUUGCCUGUUUAGAGAACUUGAAAGCUUGAUGGCCAGAUUCUGGUGGGGUAGAACAGAAAACAACAAAAGAAUUCAUUGGGUGAGCUGGAAGAAUUUGUGCAAAUCCAAGUAUCAAGGGGGGCUGGGUUUUAAAGAACUAAAGCUGUUUAACACAGCCCUUCUGGCUAAACAAGGUUGGAGGUUGGUCACACAAUCUAAAUCCUUGUUGUACCAAGUGUUUAAAGCAAAAUAUUUCCCGAAAGGGGAGUUCUUAGACUCAAAGCUGGGGCAUAACCCUUCCUAUGCAUGGAGAGGGAUUUGGGAGACUAGAGUUUUCUUAAAGCAGGGUUGUCAAAAGAGGGUAGGGGAUGGAAAAAAUAUCAGAAUUUGGCAUGAUUAUUGGAUCCCAGGACACAGAAAUGUGUUACAUGAUCAUUCAGUUGAAGAGAGCCAGGACAGGAAAAAUGAGACAGUGGAUACUCUGAUCAAUGGGGAAACCAGAUGGUGGGAUAUUUCAAAAGUUCGAGCUCUAUUCAAUCCAAUUAUAGCAGAGAAGAUACUAAAAAUAGUAAUAUGUCCAGAGGGCUAUGAAGACAGAUGGAUGUGGUCUGAAGAGAGAAGUGGGGAGUUUAGUGUUCGUAGUGCUUAUAAGCUGUUACAAAAAGGCUUGUAUGAUGCAGUAGGGCAGAGUUCAAACAGUAGCAGCUUGAAUAGUCUGUGGAAAGCAAUCUGGAAGAUGAAGUUGCCUUUGAAAAUAAGGAUUUUUGCAUGGAAAUUAUGCAAGGACUGCUUACCAACAGGAUUGAACUUAAUUAAGAGACAUGUUGAUAUAGAUCCUAAGUGUUGUUUAUGUGCUGAACAGAAUGAGGACUUGAGCCAUGCAAUUGUUUACUGUCCCCAGCUGAUAGAGUUUUGGAAAGGCCAGCUUCCAAAACUGUUUGAUAUACAGAAACCUAUUCUUUUCAUUGACCUAAUCAACCAUGUGCAUAACAAAGGGACUACUGAGGAGUUGCAGUUUUUCUGCCUGAUAGCAUGGAGCUUCUGGUAUAGGAGAAACAGGAAGAUACAUGAUUUGGUUGUUCUUCCUAUUAAACAAGUUGUGGACCAUGCCCUCUCAGUUCAGUCUAGUUUUGUGUCCUGCUCUCAACAGAAAAACCCUGACCAUAUCAAACUAAAUGGUCUAUGGAGUCCCCCUCCCGAGGGGUUUCUGAAACUCAAUGUCGAUGGAGCUUUAUUUUUUGAUCAAAAGAAAGCAGGAAUUGGGGCAGUGCUUCGGGAUGGAAGGGGUGAAGUAAUACUUGCGGCUAGCAAGAUGGAAUGCUAUAUAGAAGAACCAGAAACCAUUGAGCUAGUGGCAAUCUUAAGGGGGCUUCAGUUAUGCAUACAAUCAGGGAUAUCAAAGUUGGUGGUGGAGUCAGAUUGUAAGCUGCUAGUGGAAAUACUGCAACAAGAACCUCAACAGGAUGCCUCACAGUUAGGAAAUUUAACCUCUGAAGUCAAAAGAUUAAUGUCUCUUUUUGAAAUUUGUCUAUGUAAACAUGUGAGUCGUGUAGGCAACAGGGCUGCUCAUAAGCUAGCUAGAAUGGCUUGGAAUGUGGAUGACUUGGUUGUAUGGGGGGAAUCUGUACCAGAACCUAUCGCCCAUGUUAUUUGGGUGGAUAAGGUUUCUUGUAAUCCUUGA